UGUGAACAGUGACAGGCGAAAGUGGCGAGUGAAAAGCAGCGAGCUGUUGAAAAGUUAAAAGUACAGUUUAAUGUACAACCCAGAGACGAUAAAAUAAGCGAAAGAUUUUCUGAACAUGACAUCUAUCUCAGAGGACAGUGACAAGGAGAAGGUGCGCUCUGUGUCAGUCGACUUGAACAACGAUGCAUCUCUCGUAAUUGAUAUCCCUGAUGCACUCUGUGAACGUGACAAAGUCAAAUUUACCGUCCACACCAAGACCACGCUUAGUUCCUUUCAGAAGCCGGAAUUUUCUGUGCCACGACAGCAUGAAGAAUUCAUCUGGCUUCAUGACACAAUCGUGGAGACUGAGGAAUAUGCUGGCCUCAUUAUUCCUCCUGCCCCACCAAAACCUGACUUUGAGGGUCCCCGGGAGAAGAUGCAUAAAUUGGGAGAGGGGGAAUCGAGCAUGACAAAGGAGGAAUAUGCCAAAAUGAAGCAGGAACUUGAGGCGGAAUAUCUUGCUGUUUUUAAGAAGACUGUGCAGGUUCAUGAAGUUUUUCUUCAGAGACUCUCCUCCCACCCCAUCUUCAGAAAGGACAGAAACUUCCAGAUAUUCCUGGAAUACGACCAGGAUCUCAGCGUGAGGAGGAAAAAUGCCAAGGAAAUGUUUGGAGGGUUCUUUAAGAACAUGGUAAAGAGUGCUGAUGAGGUCCUCAUCUCAGGAGUCAAGGAGGUUGAUGAGUUUUUUGAACAGGAGAAGACUUUUCUGUUGGAUUAUUCCAGUAAAAUCAAAGAUGCCUCUGCUAAGGCUGAGAAAAUGACGCGUUCACACAAAAAUGUUGCUGAUGAUUAUAACCACAUUUCUGGGGCUCUGAACAGCACUGCUGCAGACAACAACACUGCCUUUAAAAAGCACUUAGAAAAAUAUGCUGAAGUGUUUGAAAAGCUUAGAAAAUUGGAGGACAGGGUGGCAUCAGAUCAGGAGCUCAAGCUGACAGAAUUGUUGAGAUACUACACAAGGGACAUCCAGGCUGCCAAGGACCUGUUGUAUAGACGUGCACGGGCACUUGCAGAUAACGAGAACUCCAAUAAAGCUCUUGACAAGGCUCGUCUGAAGGGUAAGGACAUCGCACAGGCUGAGGAAAACCAGAAGCAGUGUCUGCAGAAGUUUGACAAGCUCUCCGAGUCUGGCAAGAAAGAGCUCACCAGCUUCAAGGCGAGGCGUGUAGUAGCCUUCCGUAAGAACUUGAUCGAGAUGACUGAGCUGGAAAUAAAACAUGCCAAGAACAGCGUGUCCCUUCUGCAGGGCAGCAUUGAGAUCCUCAAUAGCAACUGACCCACACGAUGAACUCGGUCACUGGAUCAUCUUGAGGUCCGUGCAUUGUUACCAACCCAUUAGAGGGGAACCUGAAUGCACCUACUUCAAAAGUCUUAAAUGUGGUUCAGUAACCUCUCCAAAACGUGAAAAAGAGCCACUACCAGCAAUGUCUCUACCAUGUUUACACUCUAUCUCGUUGUUUUUUUCUCUCAUGCCCCCUUUUACUGCCAGUAUCUUGCCACCAAACUGAGGGCAGUGAACAUGACAUCACCCAAAAGCUCUCCCAUUUAUUUGAAUUAUCAAUAACACAAUGUGUGUGUUCGCAUCCUUUAUCUUUUCUUUUUUAAGUAUUCCAAGUUUUGCAAGAUGAGAUGUUUUAGCUAGGAUUAUGCAGACUGAUAUAAAUCACCACAGUAACAGAAGAAGAAAGUGCAUAAUUUCAGCGAUUUUCUGUUUUGAUUAUGACUGCAAUUUCGUACCUUUAAAUGUGAUUUAUCUUCUUUUUGCUGUCACACUGGAAAGCUGAUGCAAACUAAUCAUGAACUAUUACGUAAAUUGAUGUGUGACGAUAAACAGAGCAGUAUAAAGUGUUACGUGACAUGAAAUACUUCAGAUAUUUUUCUUUAUAACAUUUUUCUGUUCAGUCGAGAAUCGAGAUUCAUCCGAAGACACAACCCAGUGUCACAGAUUACUAGAUAAAAAUGUACCAAGGAAAUGCUGACAUUAAUUUACGAUCAAAUACUUUAAAAUUGCCCUUUGCCAGAGUCAAAAACAGCACUUUUUGUAUUGAAUCUGGUUAUUUUUGUUUUAAAUUGUAGACUGACUCUUAUGUCCCCUUUGGUGUGUGGGUGAAUCGCACAAGUCUCAAUUUUCAGUUACUAUUAGUAGUUUGUGGAAUCCAGAGUUUUUUAUGGUAAAGGUUACACAGCCAUGAAUAAGAUGGUGCUUCCAUAUGUGUAAGCAAGAAACUCUUUCCCUCAAGUGAACUGCAUGUUUUUCCUGAACUCAUCCUUUUCUGAAGAAUUCUAGAUUCUAUUGUGAAAAAUGCCACCCAUUUAAGUUUGAGUUAAUUUAGUUUCAUAGUUAGCCUUCACAUCCUUUCACUAUUAAAUAUAAAUCAGCAUUCCUUAUUCAAAUGUAUUUUUUUUACUUGACUAAAUGUUUUCUCUUGAUAUUGUUACUAACAGUGUAAGACUUCCUACAUUUAAAUUGGACCAAAAUAUGUGUAAAGUUUGGUUUGAUGUAACUUUACUGAUUAUGGAGAUUGUUUUGUAAAAGCAUUAUUACAAUCAUGUCUCAGAGAAGACAAUUUUUUAUAAAUGAUUGUAUAGAU